CUGCUGUGAGUAACGCCGGCCGUCGCAUCAAGCUCGAUCUCUUCGCGGAACCCUCUGGAGAUUUGGGUGGCUCCUCUGUAAAUAACGGAGUUGGAGGGGAUAUAGAUCCGUCACAACGUGCUGAAUUACCCAAUUCACCAUCAUCUUCAGGUGGGUUCCAUCAGUUUUCUUCAAAAGGAUUAUGUAGAGAGGGCAUGAGUUUUGGUGGCAUAUUAUGUUGUUUGCUUCCAAGUAUUGUUUUCAGAAUUUAGAGUGGCUGUGGUUCUGGGAAUAUCGAUAUCACAUCAGGUCGGGCCCUGCCACUGUGAAUUUUUGAAUCACUUCCAUUGUGUAUCCGCUAUUUCACAGCAUCAAAGCGUUUUGGAGAUUACGUCUGGAAUAUUUUGCUAUCGGUCAACUGCCACAGAACCCGCUUCUGUUACUUGGGCAAUAUAGUGAUGAUGAUUUAGAUGAGGAAUCAAGUAAAAGGCCAGACAGUUCUAUUGCAGUGAAUUCCCCAGCUGACCAUAAUGACCAGCCUUUGCAGGAGGCGCCUAUUGGUGAAGGAAAAGGUGGAAAUUCCAAUGCUCUUGAAGAUCUCACCACACAGGAGGUUGAUCAACAGGACAUGAGGAGAGAUUCUAUGUCAGUUGAUGUUUUAGAGGGCCUGGAAGGUGGUGAUUCUAGGGAAAGCGAUGCUACUGCCUCAGCUGAUACAUUGAAAGAAAAGGAUUCGUUGGAGAAAAUCUCUAUCACUGGAAUUUCUAAUGCACAGGCUAUUGGAGAUGUGAGUUCAGGCUGGAGGAUGGUAGUGCAUGAAGAGAGUAAUCAGUACUAUUACUGGAAUACUGAAACUGGUGAAACUUCCUGGGAAAUACCGGCUGUUUUGGCUCAGCAAAAUCAAUUGACCUCUGAUCAGAACGCAUGUGCUGCUGAAUAUAUGGAAACUGCUCACAUGGGUGCAAAUUUGUCUACUUCAACUUUAGCUGCUGGAUUGGAUAGUUCUUUACCUGCAUUAUUAGUAGAGGGUUCAGUAGGUAAUGAUUUGAUUCCUCAAAGCACAGAAGUGUAUGGAAAUGAGCCACAGAUGAAUGACUGGGUUGAAGGAUACAGAAAUGAAUAUGUGAAAGAUAAAAAUUGGGAUGCUGAAGCUCAUCAGGGGGAGACACAGAGUAACUUUGCUGCAAUUAAUACCUCUUUGGGUGAUGUGAGUUCGGUAGUUUCGGAGCACAUACACGAUGCACUAGCUAAUGAUCAUAGAGGAAUAGAUCUUUCAACUAGUCUCAUGAAACAAUGUGAGAGUUUGUUGGAGAGACUAGAGUCAUUGAAAGGGUAUGGGAGUCAUCUGCAAGGUCAAGACCAGAUGCUGAAGUAUAAUCUAGAAGUAGAGAUAAGACUUUCUGAUAUCAAGUCACUUUCAACUUAUGGUUCACCUUUGCUUCCAUUUUGGGUCCAUUGCGAAAGGCGACUUAAACAAUUAGAAGAUGUCAUUAACAAUGAAAUUUACCAGCUUGCAGUGUCCGCACAAAUGGAUGGUGAUGUUGAAACUACUGCUGAUGAUUCUUUUAAAGAAAAGGAAAAAUCUCAAGAAAAUAUGGGUGAAGAAUCUGAAGCAGAUGCACAUGAGAACAGUACAAAAUCUGAAGUUUCACCUGUUUCUACUAGCAUUGAGAACGAUUCACAUGAUAAAGGUGACUUUGGAAGUAUCCAUUCUAGCAAUAUUCUUGCAGGAUCUCCUAGCAUGCAUUUGGAAGGUGGUGCUCCAGUUAGUGAAGAAUUGAAUGGGACUAUUCAUCUGAAUGCUGAGAUCCAUCCUGCUGAAGAUAUUGACAUGGAUGUAGACAUGGAAGUUGAAGAGGGAGAGUUUUGUCCUGCAAGCAUCACUACUUUUGGAGAUGCUUUGAGUGCUGAAGAUGUUGGACUGAAUGAGAAAAUGGUUCAGUCAAAUCCACCUGCAGAGCACCUGUCCUUGUCAUCAGGGGAUGCAUUGACUGUUCCACCUCCUCCAGAUGAGGAAUGGAUUCCCCCGCCACCACCUGAUAAUGAUCAGGUCCCUCCACCCCCUCCUGAUAAUGAACAAGUUCCUCCACCCCCACCAGAUGAACCUCCUGAAUGCUCAUAUCCUCCACUUCCAUCUUAUCCAGAGACAGGUCAACCUCUCCCUUACGCAGAACAAUACAACUUAACCUAUCCGGACCUCAAUUUCCAAUACUAUGGACACACAGUUGCUGUCCCAAGUUGUAAUUUCUAUGGAAAUACUGAUGGAAGUCAGGCUGCUGUGCCACAUGCAUCACUUUAUUACCUAGCAACUCCUAGCACAUAUGUUGAAACUGAUUCAGUUAUGGUCAAUUCUGUUCAGCCAGUAGAAUAUUACAAUGUUCAAGAUGGAUCAGUGCCUGUGCCUGUUGUUAGUGGUGUAGAAUCUUCUCAGUCAUAUAUUGAAUCUGGUCCUGUGAGUUAUGAUACCCUUGCUUCUGAUCAAAUAAAGACAGGCGACUCUGUAGCAGAGCUGAAUGUGAAGCUUGGUGGCUCGGCUGUUGGUGUUGAGACUUAUUUGGCAUCUAAAGGGGUUCCUUCUACUCUGACCACCACUGAAGCUCCUACAUUAGCUAGUGUGAAAGAGACUGCUUAUGCAUCAUCAACCAAUGCAGUCACUGCUUCUACUGCAGCAGCUGCAUCUGCCUUGUUAACAGGUGCCAAGGUUCAAACUAAAGUUUCACGUAAAAAGCGGACAGUUGCUGUUGCACCCUCUUUGAGGUCUAAUAAGAAAGUCUCCAGUUUGGUGGACAAGUGGAAAGCAGCCAAAGAGGAGUUGAAUGAGAAUGAGGAAGAAGAACCUAAAAGUGCUUAUGAGAUAUUUGAGAAGAAGCGGCAAAGGGAAAUUGAGGAGUGGCAUGCUAAGCAAAUUGCCAGUGGAGAGGCCAAGGAUAAUGCUAACUUUCAGCCUCUGGGUGGUGACUGGCGCGAGCGAGUAAAGCGCAGGAGAGCUCAAGCAGCUAAAGCAGCUGCAUUGACUCCGUCGGAGGCCCCAACUGAUGAAAACAAGCAGCCUGAUUUAGAAGAACUCUCAAAGGGCCUUCCAUCUGGCUGGCAGGCUGAACUCAGCCAUUUCAUCCAGGGAAAAUGUAAGGGCAAGACAGUUUCAAAGGCUCUCAGUUCCCUUUUCUUUUUGUUUGGAAAUGUCGCUGGGCAGUGGCUUCUAUUGUUCUUCUGGGAAGCAGAGAUGUAGGGAUAGACUGACCGUACAUGCUAGGAACCAAAGAUGGGAAUUGACCUCUUAAUUUGAGAAAGUAAUGAGCUCUUUAAUUUGAUAAAGUAAUCUAUUAUUAAGAUUGCGAUGUCCAACAUAUAGGUACGUAGUUUGAACUAUUUGAUGAUGGGUUGUAAGUUGAUACUGGUUGUUCAGAAGUCCUUAUUUUGUCAAGUGCUAAGUUUGAACUCCAA